CACGGUUACUUUUGCAUAAAUAUGACGAAAGACAAGGAAAAAAGGGAGCUGAAGCGGACGAAACAUAGCUUGGGGGAUGACAACGCCCCUCUCAAUGCUGCGGACGAGCGACCCACGAAAAAAGCAAGGCUACUCGACGACAGCGACGGCGACGGCGACGAUAACGGCGACAUUGCGUUGAAGGUUAACGAAGAGUAUGCGCGGCGCUUCGAACAUAACAAAAAACGCGCGGAAAGACAUAGACUCGAGGAAAAAUACGGCAAGAAUGCGGAUCAGGACGACGAUGAGUCCGAAGAAGAUUCUGAGGAGGAUGUGACUGAAGAUGACGAGGGUGAACUUCUUACAGAAGCCCUAGACGCUGAGAUUGCUGCUACUCUGCGCGCGAUUCGCGCCAAGGAUCCUCGCAUAUACGACAAAAAUGCUAAAUUCUAUACGGGAAUCGACGAGGAUACUGAAGGGGAUGGCUCAGGGGCACAGAAGGAGAAGCCGAUGACUCUGAAAGACUACCAUACGAAAAACUUGCUCGAGGGAAAAUUCAACCCUGAGGAGGAGGAGGAUGCGGCGCCCGUCAAGACCCAUCAACAGGAGUUAGAAGAGGCCAAACAGGAAGCUUUGGACGCGAUAAAGGCAGCCGCAGGCUCGGACGAUGAGGACGACGACGACUUCCUCGUCGCCAAGUCCAAGCCGGCCCCUAAGGAACGCCCCACGAUCACCGAAGAGGACGUCGAGAAUGCGGAUAAAGAUCCCGAAACAUUUCUCUCCAACUAUAUGGCUGCGCGCGCGUGGAUACCGACCGACAAGUCGCAGUGGAAACCGCUUGAGUCUGACGACGAUGAGUUCGACGCAGAGGCGGAAGAGUUUGAGAAUGCAUACAACCACUACUUUGAAGAUUACGAAGGCCAGAACGAGAAGCUUGUCACAUAUGCCCGUGACGCGGUAGCCAGUACGACUGUGCGUCGAGAAGAGAAGAGUGCACGCCGUAAGGCGAGAGAAGCAGCGCGAGCGAAGCGUGAAGCCGAGAAGAGGGAAAGGGAAGAGGAGCGUGCUCGACUACGCAAACUCAGGGUAGAAGAAAUGGAAGAGAAGGUCAAACAGAUACGAAAGCUCGGUGGCUUCAGUGCACGGGACUUCAAAGUGGAAGACUGGGCCGAUGUUCUUGAGGCCGACUGGUCAGACAACCAGUGGGAUGCGGAGAUGCGGAAGCGCUUUGGCGAUGCAUAUUAUGAGGGCGAAGAAGAGGAUGAUUCAGAUGCCGAGGGCGCAGACAAGGGCAAGAAGAAGAAAAAGAAACCGAAGAAGCCGAAAUUUGACGAUGACAUCGACAUCAAGGAUAUCGUACCUGAUUUUGACGAUGAGGAAGCGGUUGCACCAGACCUCUUGUCCGACAAUGAAGACGUAGAUAUGGCUGACGGUGACCUUGACGAGGACGACGCGAAACCUCGCUCCAAGAGCUACAAGCAGCAGAAGCAGGAGCGCGCCGACGCGAAGAGUGCGGCUCGUCGUGAUCGCCGCCUGAUCGAAAAAUUGGUCGACUCCAACCUGGAGGUUGAAGCUGCCCUGGUCUCAAAGAAGGGAUCUGCUGGAUUUCGCUACCGUGAGACCUCCCCGACUACCUUCGGCCUUACUCCACGGGACAUCCUACUCGCUACCGAUGCUCAGCUCAACGAAUUUGCUGGCCUCAAGAAAUUGGCAACAUUCAGAGAUCCUGCCAAGAAGAAGAAGGAUAAGAAGCAUCUCAGCAAGAAAGCCAGAAUACGACAGUGGCGCAAGGAUACGUUUGGUGACGAGGACGGACCAAAGGGCGGCUUUGAGCUUCUGUUGGGAGACGAAGCUGCUCCUGUCAGCGGCCCAAGGAACAGCAAAGAGAAAAAGGUCGCUGUUGAGGCGUGUGCUCUUGAUAUCCGGGAAGACGAUGGAGAUGGCAAGAGGAAGAAGAAGAGGAGCAGAAAGCGGAAGAGCUCUGCGGUUGACGCUUGAUUGUUUGAUAGGUAGAGGUCAACGUGUUAUCGGUUAUAGCCGCACGCACUGACAUCUAGUUCUGGUAUUUGUGCCUGUGCAUCGCCGCAUGCAGUAGAUUUGGGUCAUGGGAAUGCAGUAUGAAGUGACAAAACGCAAAUAUGGAAGACAGGCAUACGCCUAUUCGUCCCACCGAGCAAAUCUGUGCAAUUUCUCUGCAGUCUAGAUUACCCAGCCAGAGCAGCUCUAUUGAUUACAGCUGAGUAGGCCAUCAGUGGAGGUUUAUUUCAUGGUUUAUGAUAUCUGUACAGGGGCGUUGCAAAGCUAAAUAGCAAGGUCUGCCAUAUAGCUAUAUCGCUUCUGCGUUCUGUUGUUUACUCUUAUCAUCUUCAAAACACACCCAGCUCCC